AUGUUUAACGAGAUUGCCUGUGAAAAAGUUACCUGUCCACUUCUGACGCAGCCACUCGACGGUGACAUUUCAACUAACGCUAAUACUUACAACACAACCGUAUACAUCUGGUGUUCCCGCGGUUUUACUCUUAAUGGUACAGAUAAACUGUCAUGUGAAGAAAAUGGUCUUUGGAACUUGCCACCACCGACAUGUCACGUGUCAUACUGUCGCCCGAUUUCGCCACCCCAACAUGGUUCCGUGUCUAGUCAGGAAGUAAUAUCUGUUAAUCAAACGAUUGAAUUUAGCUGCGAAAGUGAAUAUUCUUUAAUAGGAGAUGCCGUUCUACGAUGUCAAGAAGACGGCCGGUGGAAUACCGCGGCACCAGUUUGCAAGAAGAUGUGUGCUUUGCCUAAUAUUACAAGUCAAUCGGAAGGUGUACGCUUGCUUCCCGGAUUUAAGGAACUUCCGGUCGGUUCUCUGCUCCAACAGGGACAACGCGUCAUUUUCUCCUGCAAACCUGGCUACACAGUAUCUUCAUCCGGACUUUCCACCUGCAUUGGGGGAACCUGGAGACCACCGAUUACCUGCAGAAAAAUGUGUGCCGCGGUAGAAAUAACGAACGGGAAAUACAAUUUAUCGAAAAAUUACUCUACUAUUGAAUAUUCUUGUCUGCCUGGAUACCAGCUCAUCGGUCGGCAAAAACUAACGUGUAUGUCUAACGUAACGUGGGACAGUGAAGCCCCUAUCUGCACCAAAAUGUGUACGCUUUCUAAACGGAACGAAGUGUUGUCUUUCCGCCAAAAACCAACAUUAUUUCAGACAUGUGAUCGAUACUACCAAACGGACAAAAAAAAUGAAUCUUUACAAAUUCAAUGCAAAUAUAAAAAAUGGAUCUUUAACGAGAUUGGCUGUGAAAAAGUUACCUGCCCUCUUCUGACACCGCCACCCGGCGGUUACAUUUCAACUAACGCCAAUACUUUCAACACAACAGUAUAUUUCUGGUGUUCCCGCGGUUUCAGUAUUAACGGUACAGAUAAACUGUCCUGUGAAGAAAAUGGUCGCUGGAACUUGCCACCACCGACAUGUCACGUGUCAUACUGUCACCCGAUUCCACCACCCCGAUAUGGUUCCGUGUCCAGCCAGGAAGAAAUAGCUGUCAAUCAAACUAUUGAAUUUAGCUGCCAAAAUGAAUAUUCUUUAAUCGGAGAUGCCAUUCUACGAUGUCAAGACGAUGGCAGAUGGAAUACUGUGGCACCAGUUUGCAAGAAGAUGUGUACUGUUCCUAAUAUUACAAGUCAAUCGGAAGGUAUACGCUUGAUUCCCGGAUUUAAGGAACUUUCGGUCGGUUCUCUGCUCGAACAGAGCCAACGUGUCAUUUUCUCCUGCAAACCUGGCUAUACAGUAUCUUCAUCUGGUCUUUCCACCUGCAUUGGGGGAACCUGGAGACCACCGAUUACCUGCAGAAAAAUGUGUGCCGCGGUAGAAAUAACGAACGGGAAAUAUAGUUUAUCGAAAGAUUACUCUACUAUUGAAUAUUCUUGUCUGCCUGGAUACCAGCUCGUCGGUCGGCAAAAACUAACGUGUAUGUCUAACGGUAUACACUUUUUUAACGAAAUAUUGAAAAUACAUCUAUCUAUCUAUCUAUCCACGGGACAACGUGUCAUUUUCUCCUGCAAACCUGGCUACACAGUACCUUCAUCUGGUCUUUCAACCUGCAUUGGGGGAACCUGGAGACCACCGAUUACCUGCAGAAAAAUGUGUGCCGCGGUAGAAAUAACGAACGGGAAAUACAAUCUAUCGAAAGAUUACUCCACUAUUGAAUAUUCUUGUCUGCCUGGAUACCAGCUCGUCGAGCAUAUUUCUUCAUAUCUAUCUAUCUAUCUAUCUAUCUAUCUAUCUAUCUAUCUAUAUUAG